UAUAUAAGGCAGACAAUAUCACAGUAAGGAGACAGUUCUUGCUAGAUUGUAUGUUUUCAUCUUCCAGCCUCGCUUCUCAGCACAAGACUUAGCUGUCCUGUUCCUCCCAGUCAGAGAAAAGAUCCAAAGCAGGCCAUCUGUGAGAGUGACGGAGUAUUGACGCAACAAACUGCCACUUUGAUUUCAUCUGGAGUCAUCAAUAUUUAGCUUUACCUCCAACAUGUCUACCAAACAGGAGCAAGAAGAAAUAAAACAAAUUAUAGCUACUGGCUUAGAUUUUCUAGCAUCAGUCUGCACAGUUGCAUCAGGAAUAAAUCCACUUUUUGAAAUAGCAGGGAAGCUUUUAAGAAUGGGAUCUAAUGUACUGAAAGGCGAUGAAAUGAAAGAAAUGGAAAAUAAGUUCAAAGCCAUUGAUAGCAACCUGCAGAACGUAUCUCAGAUUGUUUCGGAGUUGUGUUCAGUGAUACAGGAAGGAGAGGCAAAAGCAAUGCUCAGCCGCAUUGAAGGGCAGAUAAAGAGACAGUUCAGAGCACUUGUUGAGGUUGUUGAAUGUAAAAAAAAAAUCGAACAUUUUCAUUCUGAGUGUUUUAGCACUAAUACAUACAAGAAUAUUGAUGAUCUUUAUUGUAGUGUGAUGGGGGAAGAAACUCUUUUUGGUCAAUCUAUUCUCAGUAUUUACAAAGAUAAAUAUAAGUCUGAUAAAAACAGCAUGAAGGAGCUCUGUGAUCACCUUAAGUACUUGUUUGUUAUUGGUAUAAUCACAUACCUAGAGUAUGUUGAGUCAAAGUCUGGUGGUGAUCCAGAGCCAAGGGAGGAGUGGAAAGCCAAAGUUAAUAAAGUGUGGAAACGAAUGGAAGAAGCUAUUGAAGAAUGUAACUAGUACCGUGCACACUCUUUUUUUAAUUUUGCAAAGCUUUCUUGGGUUUUAACUUUGAAAACUAGCCAAUCGCAUUUUUAUUAUACCUUUCAGAUAUUAAUGUUUAUUUUAAUCAUUUGUGUUAUACUUAGGUCUAAGAUGUAAGUAAAGACUGGGUGAUUGAUUGAAAAAGGAUACAGAGCAAGAUGCUGUUUUACUUUCAGUUUAAAGUAAAUAUGUUUUUAAAAUUGUUUAACAAUAAAUUUAAACUUUGAGUAAUCGAUUGUUAUUCACUGGAAUCAAAUGCUGUGCCUUGCAAAUUUGUGCUGUCCUGCUAUAAAGUUUAUGUUUUAUUUUACUUUAAUAAAGAUACAAACAACCUG